UAACACAAGAAGACAUAAUCAGAUUCCUACUAAACUCAAUCGCACUAUUCUCCCCAACCGAACAUAUUCCGUCAACUGUCUCGGAAUCAUCGAUUCUGACAUCCUCACCGUCAACAACCACUCGCCGGCAUCCACCGCACUCUACUUAAUCACCACCUCACUCGCUGAUCAAACCUCCAUCGUCGUCGUAGACGACGAUGGCAUCCUGAAUGGCGAAAUCUCCCCCUUCACAUUAUCCUAUUGCGACGAAACAGCUGCGGCUGCAAUCGCGACACUCUCCGCAUGCGAUUUAAUGGCGUAUAUCGACUGCGGUGGGCCGCCUGAGGAUAUAAUCAAAUUGGUGGAGAUAAGGUUGAAAGAUAAGAAUUUGAAAGGGAUGUUGGAAUCGUUUUCGGUUUAUUUUUCUGAAAUUAAUGUAAAUAGUAAGUUGUGUGCCACAUUAUCAUCAUCAUCUGAUGAUGAAAUGUUGAAUUCGCCUGUGAGUGUGAAGUCUGGGAGGUUUAGUAGGUCGAGUAGCUACUCGGCUAGGAUAACACAGAUGGCCGAGGUGAUAGUAUGCUAUCCCGGGAGCUCGUUGGUGGCGGUUAUGAUCCAAGCGAUCGCGCAACGGGUUAGCUAUGUUUGGGUUAUUGAAGAGAUUAGUAUUGGACAUGCCUUGACAUUAGUCUCAAGUUCCAUGUCCAAUGAUGGACUAAUGUAAGUUGCAGUUUUUUUAUUUUUAUUUUAUUUUUUAUUUUGCAUGUGAUGG